AUGUCCGACAUGGCGGAACUUGAGAAGGAGCUGAAAGAGUUCAAAGAACAGCUUGAAGAGGUCGAGCGCAUGUUGCAGGACACCCCGGACGACCCCGAAUUGCUAGCCUUCAAACCUGAACUCCAAAGCGAAAUCAAAACUCGUGAAGACGCCAUUGCCGCCGCAAAGAAUGCCACCGAGUCGGCUGUUUCCGCUAAGCACGCGCCACCCAAUGCGCCAUCUCCACGCGACUCCGCCACGCCAACCCCGGUGGCGGCUCAACGCGAUGAGCCUGCCCAACCCCGCGUAUCAUACUCAGUCAACGACAAUGUGCUGGCUCGCUGGGUCUCCGGUAACGGCGGCUUUUUCCCUGCUCGCAUCACCUCAAUCACCGGCUCUGUCGCCAAUCCCAUGUAUCUGGUUUCUUUUAAGGGUUAUAACACGAUGGAUAACGUGACCCUGAAGGAUCUUAAGCCCCUUGGCCAUGAAUCUCGCAAGCGUAAGGCUGAUUCUACCCCAGGUGGCUCCGCGUCUGCUUCGCCCGCUCCCUCGCCUGUCAGUUCCGGCAACGUCAUCACCGCCCCAGCCGAAAUCAACCCCGCUUUAGCUACCAAAGCCCGGGACGAUGCGAAGAACGCUGGGGACUCUGCGGGCCGUCCAUCCAAAGCCUCUCGUAAGGGGAAAGCCUCCCGCGAACUGGAAGCUGGCAAGACCAAGUGGCAGGAGUUCUCUGCUAAGAGCAAGGGCAAGUUCGGCAAGAAGGAGAGCAUGUUCCGGACUGGCGAGGGUGUGAACGCCCGAGUUGGGGUCACGGGCUCCGGCCAGCAAAUGCGCCGGGAUCCCACUCGCUCACGCAACACCUACGCCAAACAGGAGGAGGACGAUGACUGGUAA